AUGCCCCAACGCGUCCUCGUCACCGGCGCAAACGGCUUCAUAGCCCAGCACAUCCUCGGCCAGUUUCUCGCGGCCGGCCACUCUGUCCGCGCCGUCGUCCGCAGCGAGUCCUCUGCCUCCAAGGUCCGCAAGACCUUUUCUUCCUACCUCGCCUCGUCCCAGCUGGACAUCGCCUUGGUGCCGGACAUAACGGCCCCGGGCGCCUUCGACGCGGCGCUCGCCUCUGACCCGCCGUUCGAGACUGUGCUGCACACCGCCUCGCCCUUCGACUUCCGCAAGGGCAACUCCAGCGCCGACUUCCUCGGCCCCGCCAUCCGGGGCACGACGGAGAUCCUCCAUGGCGUCCGCCGCGCCGCGCCGGCCGUCAAGAGGGUCGUCGUGACCAGUUCCAUGGCCGCCAUGAUCGACAUCUCCCGGCCGCCCGUGUCCGACCCGCCAAAGAUCUACGGCGACCGGGACUGGUUCGAGGUCUCGGAGCGGGACGCCGAGACAUCCGAGAACCCGCACCUGCCGUACGUGGCGAGCAAGGCGCUCGCCGAGAAGGCUGCCUGGGCCUUCGUUGAGGAGGAGAAGCCGGCAUUCGACCUGGUGACCAUCAACCCGCCCAUGGUGUACGGGCCGCUGCUGGACACCUCGGAGCUCGAGUCCCCGCUGGGCCUGAACCAGAGCAACUACGGGCUCUACGAGACGUUCUUCGCGCCGGGGCUGACGGCGACGUCGCCGGUCCCGCCCGCGUUCCUGCACCUGUACGUUGACGUGCGGGACGUGGCGCGCGCCCACUUUCUCGCGGCGACGAAGCCCGCGGCGGGGGGUCGCAGGUUCGUCGUCAGCCCCGGGGGCGUGUCUAACCAGACGAUCGCCAACGUGGUGCGGGAGAGGCUCCCGGAGCUGGAGGGCCGGAUCCCGAAGGGCGAUCCGACGCAGACGGCGCUCCCGAAGGGGAUUUACGGCGCGGACGGGUCGUUGGCGGAGAAGGUGCUCGGUCUGGAGUACACGAAGCUGGAGGAUACGUUUGGGGAUAUUGCGACGCAGAUUGCCGAGCUGGAGAAGCGUGCGGAAAAGGCUGCGUGA